AUGUGCGAUAUUUACUGGGACGGGUUUCGAACUAGUUUCGCGGUAGUUUUCGCAACACGUCAUUUUGAAUUGAAUUUAUUUGGUACUGGUACUCAUGGAUGGUGGAGGCGAUUAGAGUGGUUGAGAUUUGAGAGUUGA